CAUUUCACUUUUGGUGAGCCAUUAACAGUCCAAGAGGACAGUGAUAAUGAAGAUGAUGAUGAUGAUGAAGAUGAAGAAGAUGAGGAUGAAUCAGAAGUAACUGAAGUUCCUCCUCCUUCUCCUCCACUGGCACUGCAAAGGACCCAGUCUGAUAUGUCUUAUGUUAAGUCUAAAAUGGCCGCCAUGUCAACAACUGGUUCAACAUCAGAUCCAGCUAGUGAUGCUAAUAAUGAUGACACUGGGAAUGGGACUACUGUGCAAUCACAACUGUCAGAGCCUUAUGAACCAACCAGUCCAUCCGUGGAGGAAGGAUUUCAACAUGGCUACCCUCCCAGGGACUCUUACAUCAGUCCUGUCAAGAGGACCUCCUAUCCAGAGGGUUUCUCGUCCUUCCCUGUGGUUAAGGAACCCUCUGGUCCGGUGGUGGUCGUUGACCAUGAAGUACAUGAAAUAGACAAUCACGAGACUACAGGGUAUACUUCACUGGAUGAAAACCGUCUUCGGUUUGACAUACAGCGCCAGUACCUCCACAUUGAGCAAGCUAACAAUAACUAUCCAGUGUCACUCCCAGCCCACCAUCAGUCCAGACCCAAACCAACUCAUUCCUCUUACUCUGACACUUAUAGCAGGAGCAACUACCGGGGGAAACUCACUCCUGUACCACCAGUGAAAGGUGAUCCGGAGUCAGUGAAAAUGUUUGAACAAUUUCAAAAAGUAUGAAAUAUUUCAUGUACAAUACAU